AUGUCUGACUACCUUGCUCCAGAUGUUGAAGAGCAUGGUAGCAUCAAUAUUCCAAAUGUGGAGGGCAGCAACUUUGCGAUCGAUCCGGCCAUACUCAAUAUGGCCGCGUCUGAUCGAUUUGGAGGGACACCCACGGAAGAUCCCAAUGCUCACAUCACCAAGUUCCUACGACUUUCUGGCACCUUCAAGAUGAAUGGAGUCACUCAAAAUGUUGUCAGACUUAGGCUUUUCCCCUUCACACUAAAGGACAUGGCUGAUGAUUGGAUUUUGGUGGAUGCUUCUUCUGGUGGUUUGUUCACAAUUUUGGAGCCAACACAAGCCGAGGAUCUAUUAGAGAAAAUUUCUAUGAAUGGAUCUACUUGGUACACGGAGAGGUCUUCACAAAAACUUGUAGGAGGAAUUCAUGAGGCGGAGCAAUUAACCGCUUUGUCAACAAAGAUAGAUAAUGUGGUUUCCAUGGUUCAAAAGCUUGCCCAAAUCACCGUCCAAAAACACAAUUCUUUCCAACCUCAAGGGGGCUACAAUCCUAAUAAUUCAAGGAACCACCCCGAUUUUUCAUGGAGUAACCGAAUGGGGGCUGUCAAUCCUCAACACUUUGUUAAUAGAGGUCCUCUAGGUUUUCAAAGUACUCAAGUUCAAUCUCAAUUACCCACUUUGGAGGCUCCACCACAAUCAAAUUUGGAAGCUAUUGUGGAGAAGAUACUUAAGUCACAAUUGCAAAGUGAAGAGAGCACCAGAGUCACAGGGAAGUUGCCAGCCAGUACUGAAAAUCCCAGGGAGCAUGUGAAUGCAAUUGUUACAAGGAGUGACAAGGUACUUGAAGAGCCGUCUCCUCCAAUCAAAGCAUCAAUUCCAAAUAGAACUGUAGAAGAGGAGAUACAAAGGAUACUUGAGAAUGUGGAGGUUGAGCCAACUAUUGUGAAAAGUAAUCCACAAGUAAUUGAUGAAGGAAAGAAGCCCGUAAGAAGGUAUGAAAAUCCCUUGCCUUUUCCUUUACAAACUCAGAAGCAAAGUAGAUGGAAGAAAUUUUUGGAAAUAGUUGAGAGUUUGAAAGCUUCAGUUCCCUUACUUGAUUUGCUUUCACAAGUCCCCUCCUAUGGAAAAUUUUUGAAAGAUAUACUUGCUAAAAGGAGAAAAUAUGGGGAACUUGAGAUGAUUGCAAUGGCGCAAGAGUAUAGGGUCUUGACACCCAGAGUUGGAAGGAGAGUGACUUAA